AUAAUAAUCAGCGUUAUCGUGUUAAACUUCGAUGCUUUUCUUGUGACGCGCCCGCGAGAUCAAUGCUAAAAUCUAUUUCAUCCCACACUAGCUUUCACGGUUGCGAAAGAUGUAAACAUAAAGGUAUUCGACGCGAUCACAAUAUAUUUUAUCCAAUAACAGAGAAAAAAUAUGGACGGAGGAAAGAUCAAGAUUUUCAAUCCGGUAAAUCAUCUAAGCACAUCAAGGAAACUAAAUCAUGCUUAGUUAAGUUGAUCGGGCUUGUAUCCCAGUUUGUUCUUGAUCCCAUGCAUCUGAUAUAUCUCGGCGUUAUGAAGAGAUUGAUAAAAAAAUGUUGGUUGGCUGGGAUACGCAAAUUUCGAUUAUCAAAAUUGGCUGUUCAAAAGUUAGUUGAUGAAUUGUCAAAUAAAUUGAAAGAUUUCAUUCCAAACGACUUUAGUCGUAAGUGUAGAGGGUUCUCGGAAGUAGACCGAUGGAAGGCCACCGAGUAUAGACUAUUUUUGCUUUAUACUGGUCCGGUUUUGAUGCGUGAGGUCUUAAGCGAAGAACAAUAUUCACAUUUUAUGCUGUUGCACGCUGCUGUAUUCAUAUUAAGUAACAAAAUUUUAAUAUCCCGUUAUUUAGAAGUUGCGCGAAAAGCCUUGUCAGAUUUUGUUACCAAAGCAGCAGACCUGUAUGGUCCAACAUUUGUAGUUUAUAACGUACACUCUCUGUUACAUAUUUGCGACGACGUAGCUCUGUAUGGAACUCUGGAAGAGUACAGUUGUUUUCCAUAUGAAAACUUUCUCGGGCACCUGAAAAGACGCAUCCGUUCCAAAAAGCAACCUUUGUCUCAAAUUUGUAACCGUUUGACAGAAGAGAAUCUGAUAACGGGUGCUGAAAUCCCCAAAACUUUAGAAUAUACUGCAAAAGGCAUUAAAUACACAGCCAACGAUUGUGAUUCAUUUCAAUGCAAAACUUUAAUCGCCAGAGACUUCAUCAUUUCAACUGAACAACCAGAUAAUAUCGUUGUCGUGCACAGACAAAUUUGCAGUAUAAAGACAAUCAACUUCAUUGCAGGGAAAUACAAGUUUAUCGGAAUACCUUUCAUGUACGUGCAAAAUUUAUACGAAGAACCAAUUCCUUCAUCUAAAUUGGGAAUAUACUUCGUUAGAGGAUCCCGCAACCCUAUCACUUUUUCUAUCACUGAUAUUUCACAUAAAUGUAUAUGUCUUCCAUAUAGAAAUGGUUACUCUGUGUUUCCCUUAUUACAUCAAAAAAAAUGAUCGUGGGUCUAUUUAAAUAACAGUAAAUCAAACUAUAAUAUCUGUCCAUACCUAUAUUUCAAAAAUCAUAUAAUUUUUAUGUUUGCAUUAGUUAUUCUAGCUAUUAUGCCAAUCUGGCUGUACGAAUACUAGUUUACGGUUUUUAAUAUUUAUCUGAAUUGUAUCCAAUAAUUUAACAUAAAUGGACUCUUGCGAGGCGUUAUAUACAAAGUGCAUAGAAAAAAAGCUUCACUUCAUGAAUGGAGCAAACGAAGUAUUUAUGGGUGCAUAUGUAUUAUUUGAACUCAUUAAGUAAUUCAUGAUACUGGUGAUCAUAACAAAACGGAUCGCAGAGCCCGCAAAAUGUUACGUGAUACCACGUACAAUUUCUGAUAAUUUCAAUGAACUUCUAUAAAUUUACGUUCAUGUUACGUAAUGUCCAAUUUCAUUGUAGAUCCCGGAAAGAUGUAUGCCAUCGUAGAAUUUCUGAAAGGCAGCAAUAAAGAAUAUGCUGUAGUGCCAAUAGUAUGGCUAUACAAUAAUAAUAAAAUGUGUUACUGGCCUCGAGUGAAAACUGAGACGGAGCUCAUGAAGUUUGUAAAAGAAAAGUCAUCGUAUGAUAAGAAAUGGCCAAAGUUCCCAGUUAACAAAAUCUGGAAAUCCUCAGAUGAUUAUGAUUAUCUUCAGCAAGAAUUAACUCAGAUUCUUGAGCUAAGUUCCACUGAAAGUGGUAGCAGUGCCAUCCAGGUUUCAGUAAUCACUAAUGAGCCUUCGUAUGCACAAGAAGUCGAGUCAGAACAAGACUAUUCACCUGAAAGGUCACACAAUGAAAAAUCAAAACGUAAAGGCCAUAAACGCAAACACAAAUCUGACAAUUAUGGCAAAAAGAAAUCUCGUUACAGUAAAAUUAAAUCUCCAAAGCAUCAAAGUUCAUCUUCAAGUAGCCAAUCGAGUGAAACUGAUGAAAACGAUACUGUAGAUGUACAUGAGAAAGAAGCUGAAUCCCCCACAGUCAAUAAGAAAUCUUCAAAGCAGAAAAAUCUUGAAUCUUUGUCAAAUGUUAUUUCAUGCAGAACUCCAACUGUACUGAAAAAUAUAACCAAUAUGGAACCAUCAGUAGCAAAAGGAUUGACAGAGUUAUCUUCGCCUAGAUCUCCAAUACAAAGAAGUAUUACUGGUUUAGAAGCAAUUGCCAGCCCUAGAUCUCACGUAGCAAAAGGAUUGACAGAGUUAUCUUCGCCUAGAUCUCCAAUACAAAGAAGUAUUACUGGUUUAGAAGCAAUUGCCAGCCCUAGAUCUCACGUAGCAAAAGGAUUGACAGAGUUAUCUUCGCCUAGAUCUCCAAUACAAAGAAGUAUUACUGGUUUAGAAGGAAUUACCAGGUCUAGAUUACACGUUGAUUGUCACCUAAGCGAGCGAAGAUCAAACCAGGAGUCAUCUAUAAUCACAGAGACGCCUCCAGGAAGAUAUGACAGAUUCAGUAAUUCGUCACGAGAAGAUUUCGAAAUUGAAGUUUUGACACGUUUACGGACUUUGGAUGCCGAGCUAUCGCAAAUCAAUACUUCUCUCGGACAAUUGUCAAGAGCAGCUCGAUUUGGGAAUAUACAAACAGCUACAAAACCUGAAGAUUUUCCUAAUCUACCCUUACAAACGAUGGAAGACUUCCGUAAUUUUGAUUCCCUUUUAAAACGUGAAGUCUAUGAGACCUAUUUUACCAAUCGACUUGCUGCUAUUGGUGGUAUCAACGUUCGACAAUGUGUCAUGCAUAUCCUCAAAUUCGCUCUAACGAAUAAAUUAGCUAUGGAAUUUAAUUGGGCAGGGCGAGAAAAAAAGCAGCCGUUCCAGGGUACUCUGAUGGCCACAAUAAUCACAGCUGCCGUAAAAAUUCAUUUUACGGACUCGCCAGAUGCCACUGAUAUCCAAAUUUCAGCAGCUAUAAAGGAUUGGUUGAAGCAGGCCAAGCAUAGGCAUGCAUGUCAGCAGAAGAGAGAUACGUGAACUAGAGUACUUUUGUCUUAUUUUGAGAGGUCCCUCACGUAAGGGAGUAAUAUUACAAGUUUGGAUACUUUUUUCAAACAAGUUUUCUGAACCUGAUAUUAACCGUUUUUGAGUUUUAUUUGUUUUGAGUAUAUUCUUUAAAGACUAUGGAAACUGAUAAGUUUAUAGCAAACAUCCAUUUUUUAUUAGAUAUUACAGAAAAAAAACCUAUGCGUUCAAAGAGAGUAAAGGCUGCGAAAGUUUUGAUUUUAGACUUUUCGAGAGAAGAAGAGAGAAGAAGAAACCAAAAUAUCCAUUGGUCAUUAAAAUCCCAAGGGGUCAGGCCGAUGACCGCCUGGUUUGACGUGAUAUGCCCCAUAUAUAUACCCCAUAUAUAAACAAUAUAACUAUAGAUAGAUUAUCUAGUCUUGGAGUUCACCAAAUUGCAGUGAUAUGUAACGAAAUAUUAUCAUAUUAGAAAUUAUAUUAUUUUCGCAAAAGUAUGUAUAAACAUAACAUAAUGGCCAUACGACACCAAAGAGUUGACCUGUUUUUUUA